CCAGCAGCAGAGCGCAUGCGCGAUUCAGUCUGAACGCAUUUGAAGAAGCUCCAGCUUGUACACACAGAUCUGCUAGUUUAGGAGAAACUGAGGUCUUUCUGUCUCCAUACCUCCUGAACAAACAUGCGGGGAUCACUUUAAUCAACAUGCUCUCUUCUUCCUUUGUGAAGUCUUUGAUUUAUCGCGGGCAAAGACUGGCACAGACAAGAUGCUGUUCCUCACACAGACACGGUGAAAUGCCGUGCUCAGAAGUGACCGAUUCAAACUCAGUGUCUCCUGUGAAGAGGAGCAGGACUGAGGAAGUGAAGGAGAGUAGAGGUAGCAUCAUGCUAAAGUUCGCUAAACUGUCGGAACACGCCACAGCACCGACCAGAGGCUCGGCUAAAGCCGCGGGAUAUGACCUGUACAGUGCCUAUGAUUACUCCAUUGCACCGAUGGACAAAGCCAUAGUGAAGACUGACCUCCAGAUCGCUGUUCCUGCAGGAUGUUACGGCCGAGUGGCUCCUCGCUCUGGUCUGGCAGCCAAGCACUUUAUUGAUGUUGGAGCUGGUGUGGUGGAUGAAGACUACAGAGGAAACGUUGGUGUUGUGCUCUUCAACUUCAGCAAGGAGACAUUUGAAGUGAAAAAAGGAGACAGAGUGGCUCAGCUAGUGUGUGAACGGAUCUGCUAUCCUGACCUGCAGGAGCUUGAGACCCUGGACGAGACGGAGAGGGGUGCUGGGGGAUUCGGCUCCACUGGGAGGAACUGAAACUGCUGCAGUUUAAAUUAAAUCUGAAGUUAUGUAUUUUGUAAGUCCAUUGUUCCAGGUGUAUUUGGUUCUGAUGUAUUGCCUUGGAGGGCUGCACUGAGCCACCAGGUAAUGUUACUUUUAUUCAGUUACUGUAAUAAAUAUACAUUUUAUAUGAA